UUUGUUUCGUUCUGUUUGUAUCCGGUUUGUGUUUUUACGAAGUGACGCCGCGGAACCCAAAAAAAAGAAAAUAAGGGAUCUUGAGUGCGCGUUUGUUUGUGUUUCUAAUAACCAAAACACUCCGGAGUAGUACUUUGAUUUUUGUUUCUAUCUGCUGGUUUACUUUCUGGAUUAAUUUUAGUCUUGGAGUCGUUGUUUGUCAGUGGCGCCUAUUUUGUUAUUCUAUUGAAGUCUUUUGUUUUGAGGAAGGGUACUGUGUUUCAAGUUUUGAUUUUGGAGGAUAAGAGAAUGGCUUCGGCACUGUAUGCGUGUACUAAAUGUAAUCAGCGUUUCCCUUUUGAGGAGCUUUCCCAGGGGCAGCAGCUGUGUAAGGAAUGUCGGAUAGCACAUCCCAUCGUUAAGUGUACGUACUGCAGAUCAGAAUUCCAGCAAGAAAGCAAAACAAAUACAAUUUGCAAGAAGUGUGCCCAGAAUGUGAAGCAGUAUGGAACACCUAAGCCGUGCCAGUACUGUAAUAUAAUUGCAGCAUUUAUUGGUAACAAGUGUCAGCGCUGCACAAAUUCUGAGAAGAAAUAUGGUCCUCCACAGACCUGUGAACAGUGCAAGCAGCAGUGUGCUUUUGAUCGCAAAGAAGAAGGACGAAGAAAGGUUGAUGGAAAAUUGUUAUGCUGGUUGUGUACACUGUCCUUCAAGAGAGUUCUGCAGAAAACUAAAGAGCAACAAAGUUUGGGUUCCACACAUUCAAAUUCCUCGUCAUCACUUACAGAGAAGGAUCACCAUCAUUCAAAACACCACCACCACCACCGUCAUCACCACCACCAUCAUCACCACCACAACAGCAGUAGUAGCAGCCACCACAGCAGCAGCAGCCACCACAAGAUCACUUUGAGUAGUCUGAGCCCAGAACAAGAUCAGGGACUGUGGAAGCCAAGCAGUUCAGUCAGUCAGUCAGUGGACAGUGGUGGGACAGACAAUUUUGUACUCAUAUCACAGUUGAAGGAGGAAGUUUUGUCGUUAAAACGGCUGGUGCAGCAGCGGGAUCAAACAAUAUUAGAAAAAGAUAAAAAGCUUACAGAGCUGAAAGCAGACUUUCAAUACCAGGAGAAUAAUUUAAGAACAAAAAUGAAUGGCAUGGAAAAGGCACAUAAGGAAUCAAUGGAGCAACUGCAGGCAAAAAAUCGUGAUCUUCUGAAGCAAGUUGCAGCACUGUCAAAGGGUAAAAAGUUUGACAAGAGUGGAAGUUUACUGUUGUCCCUUUGAAGAUGUACUCCAUGAAAAACACAUUCGUUAUCAAAGUGGAAGCUGUUUUGGAUCAUUUUAUAUGCAGCACUGAAGCCGUUAAAUUCGAUCUUCUAAAGGAAUGCCAUACCAGAUGAUUAUCAGUUUUUCAUUGUUUCCCAGAAACAAUAUGCAGCAGGUUUCUAGGUUUCAGGAGGUAGAAAAUAUGUACUUCAGCUGGUUUGAAGAAAUGUAGGUUACAGUAACUUUUUAAGAUUUGGAUGACAACUCUUUGUUUUACCAAUUAUAGUAUCAUAGUCUUGUACUCAGGAAUGCUACAGUAUAGUGGAAAGUUGGCUGUUUUGCACUCUGCAAAAUGAAUAUUGUACAGAGUAGAAAGAGCUGCAGCUGAAACUUUCUGUGUUGGUGUUCAAAUUAUUAUGAUAAAGGCCCAGUGCAAUCUGUUUUUAACAUUUUUAACUUAAUUGUGUAGUUGGGGAAAGUGAAUUUUUUUAAAUUCUAUCCUCCUGUUUUAUUAAAAAUGCUAACUGAAGCAUUGUAAAAUACAGUGUUGAAGGUAAUGAAGAUUUGCUUAAUACAUUUGUGGCAUACGAGUAUACACAGUUUCUGGCACCACUGAUAAAAUUUCAAAUAUAUGGUAUUAAUUUUGUAUACCCUGUU